CGUCUCCAUCAUGGCGCUAAGCGAGGCUGUGGCUAGCGGAAGCCCUCUGCUCUGGCCUCGGGUUCUGCUUUUCGGAGACUCCAUCACCCAGUUUUCUUUCCAGCAGGGUGGAUGGGGAGCGUCACUGGCUGACAUGCUGGUCAGAAAAUGUGACGUCCUGAAUCGUGGAUUUUCAGGUUACAACACCAGAUGGGCCAAAAUUAUCCUCCCCAGACUCGUCAGGAAGGGGAGCGGGCUGGAUAGCCCGGUGGCCGUCACAAUUUUCUUUGGUGCCAAUGACAGUGCGCUCAAAGACGAGAACCCCAAGCAGCAUGUGCCCCUGGAGGAGUUCGUGGCGAACCUAAGGAGCAUGGUGCGGUACCUGCGGUCCGUGGACGUGCCUGAGGGCAGGCUCAUCCUCAUCACACCGCCCCCUCUCUGUGAGGCUGCGUGGGCGCAGGAGUGCCUCCAGCAAGGCUGCAAAUUAAAUCGCCUGAACUCAGUUGUUGGUGAAUAUGCCAGGGGCUGUUUACAAGUAGCCCAGGACUGUGGGGCUGAGGCACUCGACCUGUGGACUCUGAUGCAGAAGGACGGUCAGGACUUUUCCUCCUAUUUGUCAGACGGACUACAUUUAUCACCAAAAGGAAAUGAGUUUGUAUUCUCCCAUCUCUGGCCUUUGAUAGAGAAGAAAGUCUCCUCCCUGCCUUUUCUGCUCCCAUACUGGCGAGACAUAGCAGAAGCAAGACCGGAACUCAGUCUCCUGGGAGAUGGGGACCACUAGUCACUGAGAACCAGGUCCUGCUGUCUCUACAGAACAUGAAGUCGCUGGUACACAAAGACCCGAAGAUAAGUGGUUGAAGAAUUUUUUUAAAAACAUUUUAAGUCUUUUGCUCAUGACUCUGGAACAAAAAGUACUAUCUGCCACCAAAAUGAAUAAAAUCAUUAGAAUUUUCUUAGGACAGCUUUUUACCUAGGUACAUCAUGUUUUGAUAAUAAAUAUUUAUUGAUUGA